AUGAACGAAAAAAUUGUACUUGUUCUGUUAUUAGCUGCGAGAACAUUUUCAACAUUUUCAACGGAUUUAUCAGAAUUCUUUGAAAAGAAACACUGCGAUCCAAAAUGCACAUUCGAUUCUCGAAAUUUAUCUUCCAAAACUAUCGAUUUGUUUCCCAAAACGUGCAGCACGGUGUGCUCCGAUCUACAGAUAGGGGAAGAUUGUGAUCUGACCGAAGCACAGUUGACAUCUGCAUUUUUGAAUAUGAAACGUCUGAUUGGAAAUAUUUUCGUGGUGAGCACAAAAUUCCGAAGCGGAAGUUUCCUUGCUGGUUUGGAAUCUAUAGAGUGCAACAACUUCGAUGUCAUGUGGGUGCUAAACAAUCAAAUGCUGGAAAUAGGCCUCACCAACCUGACCUCCAUUUCCUGCGUGGGUUUUCAAGUUACUGAAAACAAGAAACUUGUCAGAUUGAACAUGCCCAACUUGAAAAACAUAACAAUGCCUGAGUUCCCAAAACCCAACGACAAAAAUACAAAGCUUAAGUUUCACUCGGAGUCAUCAGAUUUUUGCAUCACCAUUGAGGAAAUGGAGAACUUUAUCACUGCUAAUGUCAUCAACGUGGACGAAACAUCCGGAAAAUACUGUGCUCCAGUCACAACUAAUGAGAAAAAUCUCUGCAUGUCUCCUAGUCUAUGCCAGAAAGUAUUUGGUGACGUGGAAGUUGGUCCGAAUACUAACCUAGACUCCAUUAAAAUGAUCGAAAUCAUUUUCGGGAGUCUCAUCAUAAAUGGGACUAACGUGACCGACUUCAACUUUUUGGAAAACCUGAAAUACGUGGCAUCGUUCACUGCUGACAAAUCCGGUAUCAUCGUGGAAAACAACCCUAAUUUGCAGAAUAUAUCAUUUCCAAAAUUGAAGCGAGUUCGAGCGAGCAAUCCCGCCACAAUAGUAUUUGAUAAAAACAAUAAAUACCUGAGUUUGGAUGUGGAUAGCUGUAACGGAUUGAAAAAUGCUCUGGGAAUUACUACCGACUGGUCGCCCACAAUCGAUGGAAAUGAUUGCUGUAAGCAGUAA